UUGCACGCCCACCUCUGCUGUUAGUGGCUUAUCUGGGGAACUCCGGGAAUGCAACGGGAGUGGAGCGCGUUCAUGCCGGCCUCAGCUGGGCAGAAUGAAUUAAAUCUGCGCUCCGGGUUCAGGUUGCUGCCCUCAACGGAAUAGCAAAGGAACGAGGGGUCUGGAGGAGGGGAUGGCAUUCCCUGUGGACCUGCUGGAAAACUGUAGUCAUGAAGAUCUGGAGAGUUCAGCAGAAGACUACCUUUCGGAUCUUAGAUGUGGGGAUCCGGAAAACCCAGAGUUCCUUUCUCUUGUCAAUAAUGUCAAAAUUCCAAUUCGCUUGUCAACUGUAGGCUUUGUUCCCCUUUAUGGCGGAGAGGAGAGACACAAAGUCCUCGCUUUGUUUGCUCCGGAGGAUUCACUUGCAGCUGUUGCCCUGUUCCUUGCAGAUCAGUGGUGGACUAUUGAUGAUAUUGUGAAGACAUCUGUUCUUUCUAGGGAAGGACUUCAGCAGGUGAAGUCCAUUGGGGAAAGAGUGGUGCUUUAUGUAUUAAACAGAAUAAUUUAUCGCAAACAAGAAAUUGAGAAAAAUGAAUUCCCGUUCCUUUGUCAUGGUAGCCAUGAUUAUGCCAAGAUCCUGUGGAAGAAAGGAGAAGCAAUUGGCUUUUAUUCAGUUAAACCUACAGGGAGCAUGUGUAACGCAUUCCUUACCCAGAGCUACCAGCUUCCAGUCAUGGACACAAUGUUUGUGAGGAAGAAACAUCGAGAGAAAGAUUUUGGACUGCUCAUGUUGGAAGAUUUUGUGGAUUCGUUUAUGGAAGACACACUUGGCCUGCGGUACCCAAUGACAUCUUUUAUGCAUUCUGCUUGUCAGAAGUACUUUGAAAAGUACCCAGGAGAUCACGAUCUUCUGUGGGAAGUUGAAGGAGUGGGUCACUGGCAUCAGAGAACCCUUGUUUCCAGUAUAUUGAAGAGAGAAACUCUCAAAUACAGAGGAGACUUGCAGAAGGAAAGCGGCAGUUCUCAAGCAGAGGAGAGCUUUUUGCGGUCUGCUGUGGACCUCAACACCCCAAAUGAACAAGCAUCUGAUACCAGUGAUAUGCAGCUAAAUAUGGACUCUCAUAAAAACAAAAAUGGAAUAGAUGGAUGUGAAGGGACAUCUGAAGAACUUAGCGCUACGCCACUGUCUACUCGAUCACGAAGCAAUCAUCUGAAACGUCCCAAGUUGGGAAAAAGGAUCCAAGAAUCAGAUGUUGCUGACGGUGAAGAUGGAAAUGUUUAUGAAGCAUCAGAAAACAGAUUGGAACCUGCUGCUCGUAUAUCUGAAAGCUCAGAAGAGUUGAUAGAAGAGAUCGAAGAAAAUAUAGCUGAACAUGAACUGGAGGAGUUCACUGACAAUAAAAGGCAAUCCGUACAGGAAGUGCAACAAUUGUCUGAGAAACCAGAUGACAGAGAGGAAUCAGAUGUAGAGCCGCUCAAUGGAGAGUUAACAGAACAUGCUAUCAAGGUUUCAUUGGUGACCGAAGGGGAAAUAGCAAGUGAAGCUAUGGAUGGAGAAUCAAAGCUGCAGUCGGAUAGUUCUGAAGAAGCAACUUUAACUUUACUAGUCCCAUUAAUUCUUGACUCUUCAGAGAAAUCCCCUGAAGGCAGUGAUGACAAUAUGUCAGAUAAGGUUGAAAGCGUGGCUGAUUCAGAAGCACCUCUAGAUGAGGAACAGGAAGCAGCGCUUAGGAAAAGGGCAGGGGUUCAUAAUACAGAUAUUGUUGCAUCACAAAAGGAAGAGCCUUCUAAUAAUGGCCUCUCAAACUCUGUCGCUACCGAAGCUUCAGAAGAUAAUGUUUCUGAGAAUGUCACCCCCAAUACCACCUGUUCCCUGGAGGAGCAAAGUGAGGGAGGUCCUGACUCGCCAGGGGCCCCAGUUGCUCUGGGUCAGGGAUCCUUAGUGAUGGUUGAACUGGAGGAUAUUGCAUUCCAGCAGCACACAGAGGGGCAAAAGAAUCAGAUGGAUGAACAGUCUGAAGAGUCAGCUGAGCCAGCCUCUGAGAGAGCUGCAGACAGCAGUUCUGAAGAAGUGGAAGUCGAAGUUCCCGUAAUAGACAGGCGGACCUUACGAAGAAAGGCCAAAGGGUACAAAGGACCACCCAAGAAAAAAGGAAAGCUAAUUUAAAUCGUGAGCCAUUGUCACAGCUGGAACAAUUACUUACUGUGUGUGUACUUUUUAAACUGGUUAUUUAAAAAGAAAUUGUAGUGAACCUAGAUCUUCAAGCACUAUAAGUCAUCCUUCUCCCUUUUUAAACCACCACAGACUCCUAAAGUAUGGAGAAAAAAUGGCCAGUCUUGACAAACCAUAAAGUGAACUUGCUUAGCAUAGUAGUUUGGUAGACAAUACUUUUGCAUCAUCCUUGUUAGGGAAAUUAGAAAGGCCCUGCACAUUUCAUCAGGCAUCCUAGUCACUCAGAUGUGGUUUUCAAUUGUGAUCUGGUUUUUUUACAGUAACCAGAAGUUUGAAUAGUAUCCAUAGUUUAAUAUGAGCCAUGUGGCACACGCUUCAGUGAUUCCCAUAACUAGACAUUUUUUCGGUUAAUGCCCCAUUAGACUGAUCUACAUGGAAGGAUUAAUCAAACAUUUUGGUAUAUAAUAAUAAUUUAUCAAGAACAUUCUAAUUAUACUGUUUUCAGACAUAAUUAUUUCAUAGUAAAUUAAAAUCUCUUUGGUUGUAAGAAAAUUCAGAAUAUCUGACAGUAUUUGUAUUUAGGUGUUAGUAUCUUUUCUCAGCUUCAGGAUAUUUCAUCCAACUUUGUUAAUCAAACCAGUGGUAUCUGCUCCCAGUUAUGGAUUAGUUAAACUGAAAUGAAGCUCUAACAUAGCUUAGAAUGGUAGUAAAUGUACAGAUAACUCAAGAUUUGUACUGUUACUCCUUUUAUAAGUAAUUAGAAAGAUUAAUAAAGAAUGUCUUAAACUGAAGUAAUUUUUUUAGUGUAUAUUAAUAAAAGUUCACUUGCAUAGAUUUCAGUGAUUUAUCUAAAUCUGCUAAAAAUGGGCUUUCUUUCUAGGUAUUUUCUAAUAGCACCUGUUAAUGAGACAUUGCUUUUUAAACUUGUCUUCUUGAAUACUAAGUGCUGUUUGUUAUUUUUUAAAGUGUGUUGUUUGAAGCUUUGGAUUUGAAAUGUAUGGAAUUGCCAAGAUGGAUCUGGAUUUCUAGGGUGUUACACUUAACUCCUCAGUGUACAGUUGCAUGUUGUGGGUCAGGAGUGUGGAUGCAGGAUUGAUAGUUGCUUAUAACAAAAUAUAUUCAAGUGAACUUUCAGCAAUUCUAACACUGACUGAAUACUUUCUAUGAAGCACAUGAAAUCCAAUUAUGAAUACCUAUGGCUUGUCUCUUUCUUCUAGUACUAAGAUUUUUUUUCGUAAAAUAAAUGCCUUGAUAAUUUAAGAACUGUCUAGGUUUUGCUAUUUCAUUAGGAUGAGAAUUUUUGAAAAUGAUGGAGAGUUAGAUUUAAAAUACCCUGUGUACAGUGUUUUAACAAAUAUAGGAUGUGAAUGUUAGAUGUAUGGGUUAAGCUUUAAGAAAGAGUAUGUUUCAUGUGACUUUGAAGAUUCUUGAUCUGUAGAUCUAACUACAUUUUGUGAAGUGACUCAAAACUGUAUUCCUGUUAUUACUUCUGGAUUGGUGACUAACUACAUGGUUUUGUGUGUUUAAAUCUAUGUCUUUUCCUUAAAUGUCUUGUUGCAUUGAAGGCUGUUUAACUUUGUUGGUGAAGUCAAUUAAUUUUUUGUUUUUUACUCUGAAAUUCUCAAUGAUUUCAAACAUUUGUUUCAGCUAUGAGAGAUGAACUUCACUGCAAGAACAAGAGUGUUCAUGUCUUAGGGAAGUCUACUCUUAACUUUAACUGGUUCUAGGAGUGCAGCAGUUCAUAUGAACUGGAUUAAUUUCUGUGGAUACGUUCUGCUGAUUCUUACAAGCAAAACUAAAAACGAUCCCUGGUCUUAAAGUCCAGUGGAAGAUGGCCUGAAUCAUUAAUGUGUGCCCAGAAAUGUUGCUGUAUCUAAAAAAUUGACUGAUCUAAAUCGACCAACAGUGAAGCCCGAGUUAAAAGUCAACAUUGAUCAUAGUUAGGGACUGCAUGGCUAAUUAUACAUUCCCCUCACCCAAUAGCAUAUUUCCCCCGCUAAUUGUUCCAGAAACUCUAUUAAGUACAGUUGUUCCUGCAUACUAUGGUAGUGUUCUUGUGUGUUAACAAAAAUAAAGCACUUGCUAAUGUGCUUUUAAUUUUAAGUUACUUGGUCAAGCAAGAAAUAGCAGUACUGUACUAGCAGAUUUUAAGCAGCCAUUUUUGGCAGAAAAAUCUGAAAUAUUCCAGUUUCAUAGAGGAAGUACUCUUUGAGGGGCAAGUUACCUUAUUCUUCAGUACUUGAUAUGUUAAUAGACAAAAGUUCUACUUGGCCAUAAAAUAUCAAAGGUGACAAAUAUUGAAGUAUAGUAUUAUCUCUGAUCUCUAUUAUUUGAUGGGACAAGGUCUAAAAAUUAAUUAAUUGUAUGCACUGAGGUCCAGAUAUAUUCUGUUAAAUGUUGUUCAGAUAGUAUGGUUUUUCUGAUGAUGUCAAGAUGUAGAUGCAUCUCAUCACUUUUUUCUAAGGUUUAAUUCAUGUACACCUUGUUCAACUAAAGUUGUAGCAUGAAAUGCAUUAGACUUAACCUUGUCCCAGGAAUAAAACUUUUCAUUGCAAUUCUUGGUAUUGCCACAGAAAUAUUUCUAGGAUCAUAGGCACUAGUGCUACCAUUUGCUGCAGUACAAGCACGAGCAAGAAUAGUUCAGAUUUCGGCUCCACUUUCACUAUUGGUUCAGUCUUUAGUUUAACAGUUGUCACAACCCUGACCUGUUUUGUAGACGUGUGGUACUGUUUAUGAAUCUCUUACUGUGAUGCUGUAACUACACUAAUGCUUGUGUGUUUUACAGUUUGUCCCUUUUUAGCAUAUCUUGUUUCAAAAUAGUUAUUAAAGUUUUUUGUAAUUUUCA